UGCCUGGGAUGAGCCAUGGCUGCUGCUGCAAAGGCAAGGCAAAGCCUCCAGGAUGAAGCUUCUUGUUCCAUCUGCCUGGAGUAUUUUAAUGAUCCUGUGACUAUAGACUGUGGGCACAAUUUCUGCCGAGCCUGCAUCACCCAGUGCUGGGAGGGCUCGGAUAAAGACUUCUCCUGCCCUCAGUGCAGAACGACCUUUCCCCAGAGAAACCUCAGGCCGAACAGGCAGCUGGCCAACAUGGUAGAAAUCGCCAAGCAGCUACAUUUGCAAUCGACAAAAGAUGCCGGAGCCGGGAGAGCGUGCGAGAAACACCAGGAGGCUCUGAAACUCUUCUGUCAAGAGGAUCAGUCCCCCAUCUGCGUGGUGUGUGACAGGUCCAAGGAGCACAGGGCUCACACGGUGGUUCCUGCAGAGGAGGCCGCCCAGGAGUACAAGGGACAAAUUAGGAGUCGUUUGGAGAUGUUGAAGAAGGAGAUGGAAGGAAUUGCUGCACUGAAAUUGAAUGGGGAAAUAACAAGCCAGGAGCUGCUGGUACUUACUCAUUAUCAACAGACGGAGAGCGAGAGGAUGAAGAUUCUGUCGGAAUUUGAGAAACUCCAUCUGUUUCUAGAGGAGAAAGAAUUGCUCCUGUUGGCCCAGCUGGAAGUGCUGGACAAGGAGAUAUUGAAGAGGCAGGAUGAAUUCACCACCAGGCUCACCCAGGAGAAAACUCGUCUCGGGACCCUGAUCAGUGAGAUGGAGGGGAAGUGCCGGCAGCCACCAAGUGAAUUCCUGCAGGACAUCAGAAGCACCUUGAGCAGAUACGAGACAGGGAAGUUUCAGAGUCCACCAUCCCUUCCUCUGGAACUGAAAAGGAGAGUCAAGGAAUUCUCUCAGAAGCACACACUUCUGGAGCACGCUCUGAGUAAAUUUAAAGAGUCUCUGUCUGAACCAAAGCUGGACAAAGCACAUGUGACCCUGGAUCCAGACACGGCUCAUCCUCAUCUCAUCCUGUCUGAGGAUGGGUCAAGCGUGAGAUGGGGACCUGCACGGCAGGACGUGCCCGACAACUUCAGAAGAUUUGAUCCUGUUCCCUGUGUGCUGGGCUGUGAGGGGUUCACCGCGGGGAGACAUUGGUGGGAGGUGGAGGUGGACGGGAGCAGCUGGGCCGUGGGGGUAGCCAGAGAGUCUGUGAGGAGAAAGGGAGGGGUCAGCCUGGAGCCAGAGGAGGGGAUCUGGGCUGUGGGGCAGCUGAACCCAAUUCAGUAUGUGGCUCUCACUUCUCCUUGGACAAGCCUGCCACCGGAUAGGAGACCCAGGAAGGUCAGGGUCGCCCUGGACUGCAAAAGGCGGCAGGUGGCAUUUUUCAAUGCUGAGAACAACACUCAGAUCUUCACUUUCACUGAAGUCGCUUUUGCCGGGAGAAUCUUCCCGUUCUGCUGGGUGGCAGACAAAAGCUCCCAGGUCAAAAUGUGUCACUGCCGAAACUCUCCAAUAGGAGGCCGCUUGCACUAUCCUUGUGACUUGCUUAUAAGGUCCAGUGUUCACGGUUGGAGAGAGAACGUUUGCUGUGCCUGCAUUAGCCAGUGCUUGGAAGAAUCACCUAGAAACAUCUCUCCGCUGUGCAGAGAAACCCGGGGGAGCGUUGUAGAACUGGGCAGACCGUUCAUUCUGCAAUCGGCCAAAGAUCCAGAAGCAGAGAGGGUGUGUGAGAACCACCAGGAGGAAUUUGCUUUGUUGUCUGAAGAGGGGCCAACAACUCACCUAUGUGAUCUGCACGGCGCACAAAGAAACCAUGUUACAGCUUCCACAGAGACAGCCGCUGAGCAGUGCAAGGAGGCCAGAGACGCACUGAACAGCCGUGAGAAGGGGAAGGUGCAGGCUGCAAUGGCUCUUUCUCCUGAACCGAGGCAGAGGACGCCGGAGUUCUCCCUCAACCCCCAAACUCUGAGGCAGUUCAAAGUGAAUAUGACUCUGGAUCCAGACACGGCAGGUCCUGAACUCAUCCUCUCUGAGGACCUGAAAGGUGCCAGAUGGGGAAAACCAAGUCAGGAGAUGCCUGACCGUCUGGAGAGAUUUGACACUGAUCCCUGCGUGUUGGGCUGUGAGGGAUUCACCUCGGGGAGACACUACUGGGAGGUGGAGGUGGAUGGGAUGUUCUGGACUGUGGGUGUGGCCAGCGAGUCUGUGAGGAGGAAAGGACGUAUUGUCUUUCGACCCAACACGGGGGUCUUGGGUUUGCAGAAAUAUCAUCACCUCUGCAUGGCGCUCACCAACCCUUCCAACACCUAUGUGCCCCUCAGAAAGAACAACAAUGAGAUCGGCGUCUAUUUGGACUAUGAACUGGGGCGAGUGUCAUUUUACGACCUCAGCAACGAGGAGCUGCUCUUUGCUUUCCCGCCGGUCUCUUUCAAUGGGGAGAGAGUUUUCCCUUACUUUUGUGUAUUGUUGUCCCACAUAAAACUGUCCCCCAGAGGGUGAUGCAUGGCUGUGAUCCCAAGAAAUUGGAUUCUCUGGCCUGUGGUGUCAUACUCUCUAUGAUCCUAGAAGUUCUUGCUGAACCUCUUCUAGCUUCCAUUGCCCUACGCUCUAUGACCCUGGAGGAUUACAGUGUUCUUGCUGAACGUCUUGUCGCUUCCAUUGCUCUAAGCUCUAUGACCCUGGAGGAUUACAAUGUUCUUGCUGAACUUCUUCUAGCUUCCAUUUCCUUAGGUUCUAUGACCCUGGAGGAUUACAAUGUUCUUGCUAAGCCUCUUCUAGCUUUCAUUUCCCUAAGCUCUAUGACCCUGGAGGAUUACAGUGUUCUUGCUAAGCCUCUUCUAGCUUCCAUUUCCCUAAGCUCUAUGACCCUGGAAGACAACGUCUUUCCUGUAGAGCUGCUCCGAGCUAUGUUAUUAGUCUCCAUGCCUCAGAAGGACUCCCAUGUUUCCUCACAGAAAAUCCUAGGCUCUCAAUCCUGGUCUCUAUGGCUCUGCAAGGAGUACAGUGUUGUUGCAGAGUCCUGUUUAGCUUCUUAUUUUCUAGUCUCUAUGCUCCUGUCAGGGUCCCAUGUUCCUUCAUACCCCCUGCUAGCUCUCUGUCUGCAAACUGGACCAUCUUGAAGUACAGAACGUGACACGUUUUAAUGGCAGAAAUUAAGGAAAGAAAAUCCUGAGUGGGUGUCUCGAUUCAGCCUGUAUGACCGUUGUGACAGAUAUUGCAAACACACACACCUCUUUGGGAGCGAUUGUUUCCACCUGAUAAAUGUGAUCUGUGUGCUUGAGAUGGGCCGGACGACAUGGGCCUGUAGUAUAUUCACAGACCUAUGGCUCAAUGUAUAUUACAGGUAAAAAUUGUAUGUUCCCGGCUCACUGGGUGGAUUUUCUGGGAAACCUGGGAAGAUCAAUGCAAGUUCCUAUGGUUGGUUACACAGACUCCCAGCCUUUGAGGCUGAUUUUACCUGCUUCAGGAGCUUGGGAACAAAUUUUGGGGUCUAAAGGGUGAGUUUAAAGAGAGUCUCUCAUUUUGAGCCAACAAACUGACAUGAACUUUUAAUCAAUAGGUCAAACGUUGUGAAGGAGUGGAAGGACUAGAACCUGCCAGGGUCUCCAUAGGACUGAUGGGGGACCUCUGGGAAGCAGAAGUCUGCCUUUCCACUUGUUAUUGUUUUAUUGAUCUGUUUUCUCUGUAAGGCUUUUGUCCUUAAAUAAAUGCUCUGUGCAAAGUGCCUAAUCACUGGUGCCCCGCUUGAGAGAGAGAGCGCAAAACUGCAGUGCUGAUUUAGGUCAGACGCCUGUCUUCUCUCUGCCGUGCAAUGGUGCGAUAUAAAGGGCAAGCACCCACGAAACACUGGCGAGAUGCUAAAGAUCUGCCCUUCUGGCCUCUAUUUAUUAAAGUAGAACAAUGAGCCAAUAACGGCAGUAAAAGCAACAUGAAAUAAAUGAGAAAGGAUGACUGGGAAAUCCCACUGAGAUGCACAGAAUAAAAUAUGCCCAGUGUCCAUCACAUCACAGGCUUGUCCAGGAGGGGAAUUAUUUAUUUGGGAUUUUUUCCCCUAAAAUAUGUAUUACAUUUUGUUGUGCAAUUGACUUUUCCCUGUUGCUCAGUAUCUGAUAAGAAGAUCCUUGAUUUUGCAAUAAAUAUUUGUUCCUAUUUUUCACGUUA